UCAAUUCCCACUACGAAUUCACCAAAAAUCCCUUCUCCAACUUUCAUCACCCUCCGGCUCAUAAACCAAAACCCCUUCUCUUCCAAAAGUAAGGUGUUCAGGAAUAUUUGGGAAUAAUGUGGGUGGCGGUGUUGAUGGUUUCGUUUCUUGUGAUAUAUUGCACUCAAUGGUUUUACAGAUGGAGGACUCCAGGAGCCAAGGGCAAUGGAGUUCUUCCUCCUGGUUCCAUGGGCCUCCCUUUCCUUGGAGAAACCCUUUCUUUGCUCAUUCCUAGCUACUCCCUCGACCUCCACCCCUUCGUCAGGAAAAGAAUUCAAAGAUAUGGACCGAUAUUUCGAACAAGUUUUAUCGGGCGGCGUGUUGUUGUCUCGGCAGAUCCCGAAAUCAACAGUUACCUCUUCUCACAAGAAGGGAAGUUAGUUGAACUGUGGUACCUGGACACAUUCAACAAGCUCUUAUCAUUAGAAGGCGAAAAUCGGAUAACUGGACCUGGCCUAAUUCACAAGUAUAUGAGAAGCAGUCUUCGGAAUCACUUGUCUCCGGAGGCCCUCAAGGAAAAGCUUCCUCAGCUAGUAGCAUGGAUCGACAAAACCCUACUCCACUGGUGUACCAAGCCUUCUGUUGAAAUCAAGCAUGCUGUUUCCGCUAUGGUUCUUGAAUUUACUGCAAGAUUUUUGUGCGGUUAUGAUGUUGAUAAAGCGCCUGUCGAUAUAAGCGAAAAAAUUGCUACACUCACCAAGGGUCUUACCUCAUUGCCCUUGAACAUCCCUGGUACUGCAUUCCACAAAUGCUUAAAGGACCAAGAGAAAGUAAUUACGAUGAUUACGAACAUGCUAAAGGAGAGGCGUGCUAAGGAGGCAGAAGAAGAGAAAGAGGAAGAUUUCCUUGAUCAAGCGAUUAAAGACUUAAGAACGGAGAACUACUUAACCGAGGACUUCAUUGUGCGUCUGCUGUACGGGUUCUUAUUUGCUAGCUUUGAGUCCAUUGGGACUGUAAUGUGCCUCGGUUUCAAACUACUAGCUGAGCAUCCUGAAGUAAUGGAGGAACUAGCUGCUGAGCAUGAGGCAAUUCUCAAAAACCGAGCGGAUUCAGAUUCUUCACUCACCUGGGAAGAUUACAAAUCUCUGACUUUCACUCCUCAUGUGGUGAGUGAAAUUCUGAGAUUGACCAAUAAUCCUCCGGGACUCCUACGAAGAGCAAUCAAGGAUAUCGAAAUAAAGGGAUAUACAAUCCCAGCCGACUGGACGAUCAUGGUGGUUAAUUCUACUCUACAUCUGGACCCUGUCAUGUACAAAGAUCCGCUUGCUUUUAACCCAUGGCGCUGGAAGGAUCUCGAUUCGUACACGGUGGCUAAGAAUUUUACGCCGUUUGGAGGAGGAUCGAGACAAUGUGCAGGGGCAGAGUAUUCUAAAGUGGUGCUUGCCACCUUUCUUCAUGUUGUGGUCUCCAAAUACAGGUGGACAAUAAUCAAGGGAGGACGAAUUGCUCGACGGCCUCUGAUAGCAUUUGGAGAUGGCAUCCACAUUCGAUUCUCACAAAAGUGAUACGAAGAGGCAUGCAGGCAGCCGCAGGCGUCUCAAUCGAUCCAAUGCGUAUUACAACAAUAUUAUAUUUUAAUUUUCCUACAACGAAUCCAUCCAUGUUGAUGUAAGUAGCGAGUACGUACAAUAUGGAUGCAGAGUAGUAAAUAAAUUAGACCAAAAGGGAUUGUUCUUGGCUGGUUUGGUUGAUGUUUGCAAUAGUAUGUCCUUAACGCUCUGUGUAUAUAAUAUGACAGUUGAAAUGUCAAUAAAUAAAUAAAUGAAAUAUUCUAAUAAAUAUGUGUUUGGUAACACAUUGAUCACCACUUCAUUACUAGAUUUCAAAGUGAGAGGUCGAGUGAAGUAAGAUGAUUUGUAACUUAGUUAUUUCAAAGCAUUUUCUU